CCUGGAAAUGCAUGAGAGUAAAACACCAAGGUGAGGCCACUCCAGAAAAUAAAAUAAACAAUUGAGAGUUUUCAGAAUUUUCAACAGUGUGCGAGCAUUUUCAGUUUUCUUCUUAAUCCCCCCCUUUUCUGUAACUCCCCGCUUCUCUGAAUUCCUUUCUGUAAUCGUCUGUCUUUCAAGCCGAAAAAGUUUCUGUCAAGAACAAACCUAAACUAUCAUAGCAGGUGUUUUUGGUUUUUCUGAAAGCCAGGUGAUCCCAGAAUAGAGAUCCAGAUUUCUGUUUUUUUGUUUUUGUUUUUCAAUAUUUAUUAUCAUCAGCUAAGAGGGUUUAUUUUUGGUCCCUCAAGGUUGUUGUUUUUUUUUUUAAUCAAACUAGUACCUGUUCUUUGGUUUUGGUUAAGAUACAGGUUUUUACCUAGUUAUUGAAUAUGGCAGCAGCUAUAGAUAUGUAUAAUAGCAGCAGCAACAGCUCAGUUUUCUCAGAUCCUUUUAGUGCGGAGUUGAUGAAAGCGCUUGAACCUUUUAUGAAAAGUGCUUCAUCUACCUCUCCUUUAUCUUCUUCUUCUUCAUAUUCACAGUCUAACCUGUAUCCUGAAUUUUGCUCCCCAUGGAGGAACCAUUUGUGCUCAGAACAACGGUUCUGUAACUAUCAAAACUUGAUGGGUUUUGAGCAAACAGGUUCAAUUGGGCUAAACCAACUCACCCCUUCUCAAAUCCUCCAAAUCCAAGCUCAAGUCUAUCAACAGCAGCAGCAGCAGCAGGUUGCUUCUAGGCCUACGACCGCAUCCCUAAAAAACCAAAGGUUCAACUUUCUUUCCCCAAAAGCUGUCCCCAUGAAACAUGCGUCUUCCACCCCUUCAAAGCCUACCAAGCUGUACAGAGGGGUGAGACAGAGGCACUGGGGCAAAUGGGUAGCUGAAAUCAGACUCCCCAAGAACCGAACUCGCCUUUGGCUUGGCACUUUCGAUACAGCAGAAGCAGCAGCUUUGGCUUAUGACAAGGCUGCCUAUAAGCUUAGAGGAGAGUUUGCCAGGCUCAACUUCCCCCACCUCAAGCACCAAGGAGCUCAUAUUUCUGGAGAAUUUGGUGACUACAAGCCCCUCCAUUCUGCGGUUGAUGCAAAGCUCCAAGCCAUCUGCCAGAGCUUACAGAAACAAGAGAAUUCAAGAAAGGCCUGUUCUGUUCACGAUUCAAAGCCCAAGGUUGAGUUUGAUUACCCUGUGAAGCGUGAGGAGUUUGAUCAGUCUCCAAGAUUUGCUAGUCCUAAAGUUGAGAUGAACUCCCUGUCAUCAUCAUCAUCCUCAUCCUCAUCCCCAUCCCCGGAUUUAUCCGAUGAGUCAUUGGCAGGAUCUUCUUCACCAGAAUCUGAUAUCACUUUCUUCGAUUUCUCUGAUUCAAAGUGGGAUGACAACGAAAUUUUCGGUUUGGAAAAGUACCCUUCAGUGGAAAUUGAUUGGGAAGCCAUCAGGGAACUAUCUGAGUCUUAAAAGAAAAAAAAAAUUUACAGCUACUAUCAUGUAAUCUUGUUGUAAUUUCUUAGGUCAAGUAUCUUUUGUUUGGUCAUGUAGGUCUUUUUAGUGGGUCUGCAGUGAUCUCUACAAUGAAAUUUUUGACAUUUGUAGAGGUUAAUUAGGUGUCAGUUUAGAAUCUGUAUGUUGUUAAUAUGUGUAACAGAGAGGCAUCUCCUCCUAGACUGCUCUUGCUGGUACCUUUUUUUCCUAGCAAUGGCUUUUGGAGAGCUUCAAGUUUAUGUUUAUUUGCAUCAUUAUUGGAGGUCGACUGUAAAGUUUUCUUUCGAAUAUGUCUAUAUAUUUAUAUUAUUUAUAGUUAACGUA